AUGUCAUUGUCCAGUGAAGUAUCUGGUGUGUCCCGUUAUGUUUUGGAGCGAGUGCAAAGCGAUCCACUGGCCGCUGAUUUUACUCUAAGUCUAUUUGCUGCCGCCGUCCACAGUUAUAGACACGAUUCGGUUCUGAGGCCUUUCCCUCCUGCUUUUAUUAAAGGAGGAUCUGAAAAAGAUAGAAAGGCUCUGGAACAGGCAAUAAAUGAAUUGCCUAUGAUUGUUCAGUUUGAGAAGAUGCUUGAAACUCUAUCUCAGUCAACAUUGGAUCUCCUCAGCUGGCACUUUAGCAACAAAAGUUUUACUCUUAAAUCAAGGAAUAAAAAUCAUUACUAUGAUAUCUUGACUUUGACGGGCAGUCGAGAGCCAACUUCUGUGGAACCUAAUUACAUAUUUGAAGUCUUGCCCAACAAAACAAACCAGUUAAAGUUCAAGCAACUGCAGCAAGGCCGAAAAGUCUUCUAUGCUUAUCAUGGCAGCCGCAUUGAAAAUUUUCAUUCAAUUUUGCAUAAUGGACUUGCCUCACACAUGAACAAGAAUGGAAUAUUUGGUGAAGGUACUUACCUGUCAAGUGAAUUGUCAGUAUCUUUACACUAUAGUCCAUCAGGCUUUGGAUGGGCUAAGAGCCAGCUUGGUAGCCAACUCAGUUGUGUAGCUGUUUGUGAAAUCAUUGAUGAUCCAUCAGUCAAAUGCCAACUGAAAGAAGGUGACCAUGUUGCUAAAAAAUCAAGAGCUUUGGUCCCAAACAGUAUGGCUGGAGAAGUGCCAGAGAAAUAUUAUGUGAUCAGAAAUAACGAAGUGGUCAAAGUGAAGUAUUUGCUUAUUUAUGCUGACAAAACCUGGAAUAACAGGUUACCUAAUCAAAUCUCCUGGUUCAGACAACACAAGUUUGCACUUCUGAUGACCAUCUAUGUUUUGUUGUUAGUAACAAUUGGCUUGUCCAAUUCAAAGCAGUUUAAACAAAGUAUGCGUCGCAUCUUUAAAUCAUGA